GUGACCUCUAACCUUCCCAUCCAGGCAGCUGUGACAUGCUUACAGAAGUUUGUUUGUAAACUGUGCCGAAAGCUGUGGACAGUCGGAAGAUACCAUGUGGCUCCAGCAGGUAGUUUUGAGGGGUGUGCAGGUUGCUGGCAGGAGGGGCGUGUGUUCCACAGUCAGCAAUGGGAAACUCCCGCUGCACUUCAACUACAUCAACGGGGAGAGGGUCUCACCUCUGAACCCUGACCCUAACCAGGUCAUGAAGGUCUUAGAACCUGCGACAGGCGAGCUUCUCAUAGAGCUGCAGGCGUCGGGCCCAGACGAGGUGAACAGAGCUGUGCAGUGUGCCAAGGAAGCCUACAGUGAGUGGAGCCAGCUGACAGGGCUGCAGAGAGCCAGGAUCAUGCAGAGGGCAGCACAGAUCAUCAAGGACAGGCAGGAGGAGUUUGCCUACUGGGAGACCAGGGACACGGGGAAACCUAUCUACGAGGCCAGGAUGGACAUCUGGACAGCUAUAGAUGCCAUCGAGUACUUCUCAGGGCUAGCUCCUUCAAUUGCAGGUCAGCAUGUUCCACUUGCGAAUGGUUCAUUUGCCUACACCAAACGUGAGCCCCUGGGAGUGUGUGCAGGGAUCGGCGCCUGGAACUAUCCUAUCCAGAUGGCAGGGUGGAAGUCAGCACCUGCACUGGCAUGUGGAAACACGUUUGUGUUUAAGCCGUCCCAGUUCACCCCCAUCACAGCUGUGAUGUUAGGAGAGGUGUACACAGAGGCAGGACUGCCCCACGGCUGUUAUAACGUGGUACAGGGAGCCGGGGACACGGGAACACUGCUUUGUGAACAUCCUGACAUCGCUAAAGUCUCCUUCACUGGCAGUGUGCCCACAGGGUCGAAGGUGAUGGCAGCUGCAGCAGGUGGCAUUAAGACGGUGACAUUAGAACUGGGAGGAAAGUCUCCCCUGAUCGUGUUUGCUGAUGCUAACCUGGACAACGCUGUGGGCGGGGCCAUGCUGGGCAACUUCCUGUCUCAGGGAGAGGUAUGUUCCAACGCGACCCGUGUGUUUGUGGAGAACUCUGUGAUGGAUCAGUUCCUGCAGCGGCUGGUGGAGCGUACCGGCAGGAUGAAGAUCGGAGACCCCAUGGACGACGACACUCGGGUCGGCGCCAUGAUUCACCAGGACCAGGCGGACAAGGUCAUGACCUACCUGGACGGAGCCAAGAAGGAGGGUGCAGUAGUAGCCUGUGGAGGUGAGUUGGUGACCCCGGAUGACCCCCGGCUGAAGGGUUCCUACAUCUCACCCUGUGUCCUCACCAACUGUCAUGACGACAUGACGGUCGUGCAGGAGGAGGUGUUCGGCCCCGUGGUCUCCAUCCUGGGGUUCGACACGGAGGAGGAGGUCAUACAGAGGGCAAACAACACAGAGUAUGGACUGGCCGGGGGAGUCUUUACAAAUGACUUGACAAGAGCUCACCGUGUGAUUGCCCAGAUGCAGGCUGGGACAUGUUACAUCAACAACUUCAACAUCAUCGACGUGGCCGUGCCGUUUGGGGGGUUUAAAAAGUCAGGACUGGGGAGAGAGAACGGGCUGGUUACUCUGGAGUAUUACACUCAGGUCAAGACUGUGUAUGUAGAGAUGGGAGAUGUCGACGCUCCGUUCUGAUGUUGAUCUACUGGAUCAUUUUCUCUGGAUUAAAAAACAACACCUUCAUUUGUUUUGAUGCUUCUGAAUGUUCCAUUAUGUUAACACCAAGUCUGUUUGACUACUACUUCAUAUCAUUAUGUGCUAAAAAAGCUUUUAAUUUUAACUUUAACAUUUUUCUCUUAUUCCGGUUCUGGCGUAAAUAGAUACUCAUUAUUUUCUUGCCACUGUUACACAUUGGACAAGCUUUAGAGAGAUGUAUUUUCAUUACAUAUUUUCACAGGAUCAAGAAUAUGUAACAGUGAAAUGUGAAGUAAGAACAGUAAUUAAAAGUUUUUAAUUACAAUGGUAUAUACAGUGGUGGGGAAAGAAUAAGUCUGUGAAGACUUUAAAGGUCUGAAAAUUGAGAUGUAUGUCAUUUUUUUUAGAAUGGCAGCAAUGAUAUGUUUAGCCCACAAUGAGGGCCAUGUGAUAUGAAUUUAACCUUAACAGGGAUAGGAUUAAAGGAGAAUCUCUCACAGGCUUAAUGGUUUCUUCAAUGCUGAAAAAAAAAAACAUUUUUGUGGUGUAACUAUAUCGCGGCUAUAAAUUAUUGCAGCUCACCAUGCAAACUGCUAACAUUACAAUACCCUUGUUGUUUAUAUUGCCUGUGGUAUUGAAAAAUUAUAGACAUCAACUUUCAGGGACAGUAAUGUGAAAUUGCAGACCAUAAUAGGUCAUUUCUUGUACAGUACAAGGAUACAAUUUUACAUGCGAAGAAUAAACAUUUUGGUCAUGAG